AUGCCUCAUGUAGUGUUAAACGAUAUUAAUAAAUUAGCGCUAUUGCAUACAUUAGAUAGCGGAAGAUACCUGAGCGUCGCUUUUCGCUCGUGGGAUCUCUACGAGUUUCCGCUUUUGCAGAGCACGACCAAACACUCAUGGGCGGUCAAAGCGGCGACGCAGCUCGAGAAACCGCGAUACGUUAUCUUCGCGCUACAGUCCGGAAGGAAGAACAUUCUGCCUCAGGAUUCCUCUAUAUUCGACGAUUGCAAACUGACUAACGUCAAACUGUAUCUUAAUUCGGAUUUUUAUCCCUACGACGAUAUGAAUCUGAAUUUCGAGAAGAGUAAAAUCGCCGUGCUAUACGACAUGUAUUCGAAGUUUCGAAAAACGUACUACGGAUGCGAUAAAGAUGAGGCGCUCUUUAAUCUAGUCAAAUUUAAAACGUUCGGUCCGAUAGUAGUCAUUGAUUGUUCUCGGCAGAACGAAUCGAUCAAGAGCGCCACCGUAGACGUUCGUAUAGAGUUCGAUUGCAAAGAAAACGUUCCCUCUAAUACCACAGCCUACUGUCUUAUCAUUCACGAUUGUGUGGUCGAGUAUAAUCCGCUCACCAACGUCGUGCGCAGAAUCGUGUAG